AUGGGAAUCUGGAAUAACUAUGAAAAACACACUGAAAUAAUUGUGUUUGACUGGAACAAAAUUCUUGCAAAGUCCCCAAGGAUGAGAUUCUGUGCCAAAUCAAUGCUUCUGUCUGACUGGCUCUUUCUGGUCUAUGUGUUAAUGGUCUGCUGUAAAUUGUUGUCCGCCUCUAGUCACCAUCCCCGGGGGCACACAGGCCAGCACCAGGUGAAGCAGGGCACGUGUGAGGUGGUGGCCGUGCACAGGUGCUGCAACAAGAACCGGAUCGAGGAGCGCUCGCAGACCGUGAAGUGCUCCUGCUUCCCGGGGCAGGUGGCGGGCACCACGCGGGCCCAGCCCUCCUGCGUGGAAGCUUCCAUUGUCCUGCAGAAGUGGUGGUGUCACAUGAACCCCUGUUUGGAUGGAGAGGACUGUAAAGUACUACCAGACUAUUCAGGUAACACGGUAGCAAAGGCUAAACCUGAGGGUCACUCCCAGGACUAUGGCAUGUGGAACUGUUCCUUGGCUGAAUUCAUGAAUAGAAUCUUGGUUUAUCCAUUGGAGUUCCGGAUUCAUGGCAUGAAAAAAGGUGUGGGGUUUUCAACAAGAUCUAAAGCCCCCAUAAGCACCUUUGAGGAUAUUUUAGUUAAUAGUUCUGAUGAGGCUAUUUGA